AUGGGUGUUCUAAGACAACGAACCCACCAGAAGAAUACGACAAGCAGCCAUGGAAGAAAAAGAACCAAGAAACACCCAAAGACAACCAUUGCUUCUCUUCCAAAAGAUUUGUUGGUUGACAUUCUUGCCCAUGUCGGAUCAUCUUCGUUCAUUGAUGUUUUCAAUGCUAAACAAUGUUGCAAGGACUUUCUGGAAGCAACAGAAGAACAUUAUGUCAUUCAACGCAUUUCAAUCGACAAGUUUCCGACGAUUCCAUGGAAUCCUCAAAGUGAUAAUGUUUGUUCAUUCCUAAUGAAUUGCUUCGACAAAGGAAACCCGGAGUCAUUAUUCAGACGAGGAAUUAUAGACUAUUUUGAGAAGGCUGAAGUUGAAUCUGGAAUGGAGUAUCUAAAAAUGGCAUCCAAGAAGGAGCAUACUGAGGCCACGUAUGUUUAUGGGAUGAUUCUCCUUUCUCAAGGAGAUAGAUGGAGCGACCAAGGGUUGAAGCUGUUGAAUUCCAUGAGGAAUUCGCUAUCAAGAUGUUGGAACGUUGAUGAUUGUAGAAAUAAAGUAAGACGUGUCUUAAAUACAAUGUGGAUCAAUAAUACAGUUUCAGUUCAAGAAAUUAACAUGGAAUGCCAAAAAAGAAAUCAUGGUGUUCAUCGUCUAAGAAGGUUGGAUUUUAACAAAGACGAAGAAGUUGAAAGUUGCGAUUCUUGUAUGUGGUAUCGAGAAUUUAUCUUAUUUUGUAGAAUCUUGAAUAUCUAUCUUUGA